UGCACGCACGCACACACCGAGGGUACACAUUGGCGCACGGCCAACAGCGAAUUCGUUCGCCGGCUCCCAACAAGAACGCGUCGUCGCCGACAUACACAGCGUGAGCGCCAACCUAACCGAGAGGGAAUACCACACAUAUAGAUAUACACUGCUAUCAAUCCUACGGUCGUGGACGUAUCGUUCGUGGAAAUGGCCGGGGAAAAGCGCAGCCAGGAUCAGGAAGAGACCUUAAUCGCGAGCACGGUGCUCGUCGACAUCGAGGGCACCACCACGAGCAUCAGCUUCGUCAAGGAAACCCUCUUCCCCUACGUGCGCCAAAAUUUGAAAGAUUACAUCGAGUCGAAGUGGGAGGAUGAAGAGUUCAAACAGGAUUAUGAAAAGUUGAAAGAACAGGCAAAAAAGGAUGAAGAAGACAAAGCAGAUGGCUUUGUAGCAAUUAUCGGUGAUAAGCCUGAAGAAGAAAAAGAUUCUCUUUUAAAAAAUAUCUUCUGGCAAAUGGAUAAUGAUCGUAAAACUGGUGCAUUGAAGCAAUUGCAAGGACAUAUAUGGCGUCAGGCAUAUGAAACGGGCGCAGUUAAAGCUCACGUUUAUGAAGAUGUCCCUAAAGCGCUUGAAUCGUGGACGAACGAUGGCAAAAAAAUAUAUGUCUACUCAAGUGGCAGUGUUGAAGCGCAGAAACUUCUAUUUGGACACGCUGAACAAGGAAAUAUGCUUAAGUAUUUCAGUGGUUUCUUUGACACAGAAGUAGGUGCAAAGCAAGAAACUGACAGCUACAGAAAUAUUCUAAGCAAAAUCAAUGAAAAACCAUCCAAUGUUAUUUUCCUUACUGAUAUUGUAAAAGAAGCCGCAGCUGCCAAGGAAGCAGGUUUAUCGACAGUCAUCGUAAUACGCGAGGGUAAUGCCGCCCUGACUGAUGAAGAGAAAACUACAUUUACCACUAUUAACUCCUUCUUGGAUUUGACAUUUCAAACAGCUGCAAAGCGACAAAAGUUAGAGACAGCGGAUAAAAAAGUUGACGAAGGUACGACUGAUGUCAGUGAGCCAAUGGAUACCUCUGAGGAUGUGGAAAUGUCCGACGUUACUGACAAAAAAGUCGAAAAAAACGAUGCGAAGGAGGUAACCGAAUCAGAAGCAACCGAGCAUAUAAAGAAUCAGUCAUCGACAGACGAAUCAACUUCCUCAGCGCAAAAGGAGGAAUCGAUGGUGGUUGUGAAAGAUUCUUCAAAUACUGAACAAGAGGCUCAGACUGCAGAAACGACAGAGGCUGAUGUAAAAUCCGAAGAUACAAAAGAGAAAAUGGACGUUUCUGAGAGCACAGAACAAACUGUAAAGGAUGAUAACGUCGUGGCGCCGGCCACGAAGGAGAGCGAUAAAAUCGCUGCGUCAGAAAAGACUGAAGAAAACGUAGAUACAGCGGCAAUUGAGGUUACUCCCGUUGUUGAUGACUCUAUGGACACAACUGUGCCAGAGUCUGCAUCAAAGUCUGAAAGUGCUUCCACGUCUAAUGAGAAAAAGACUGAAGAAUCUACAGACGUCGCAAAAGAUGCACAAUCCGAGAUUGUCGAUAAAACUCAACCGGCCGAGAAUGAUAAAAAGGCUGAUGAAAAGGUUGCUUCAGAGACACAAGUUUGUGACAAAAAUGCAGCGGAUAAAUCUGAGGAGUCCGUGACAACAGAGAAGGAUGAAGUAAAGGAAGAGGCAAAAACUGUUCCCGGCACAUCUGAAAGCGAAGAAAUUUCGGCAAAGAGUGAACAAGAAGAAGUAACCAAAAUGGAGACGAUUGCAACAGACGUGACUGAAAAUGGAGAAACUACGGAGGUAGCUGUGGAAAAAACUACAGUAACAGAACCGGAAGCAACAACUAGCACGACAGACGCAAAGAGAGAAGCGUCACAGUCGAACGAAGUAGCCCUAGAAAAGAGUUUAGAAGUAGCCGCAGAAUCAGAAAAGGUUGAUGAAAAAACGCCACAAGGCGUGGAACCUGACGAAGAGACGGUGGCGACUGACGCCGAGAAAUGCGAGAAUGAAACUACGAAGCAGGAGCCAACAAACGAGACAGUGAAAGAAGAGAAUGUAGUGGACGUGAAGGACAAAAAUACAGUGGAUUCGGAAAAGCAAAAACUCAACGGUACCACGCAAAACGGGAAUACGGAGGUGCCAGUGUUGGACGACAAAUUGCACAGUAACGGACUGAACGAGGGCCCGUCGAAGGAAACUACGAGCGAAGACGCGGCGGCGGCACAAAAUGGCGAGGCCGAGAGUUCGUCGGAAAGUAGUGCAGAGUCCAUAAAAGUUAAAAAGGUCGUCGAUUCCGCCGUGGCUGACGGUGCCGGAGAACCCGAUGUUGUUCCUCCUGUAGUCGUAGCGACGUCUUAACUUUGUUCUUAUACAGUUUAAGGAGCCCUACAUGCAUAACCCCAAUCCACAAGUACUUAUUCGCAGGUAUAAACUGAUAAAUUGAUUCCAUAUACUUUACGUAAAACGUACCACGUCGAAGAUGUAACGCGCUAUUUAAGAUGCAGUUCGUAAAACUACCGUUCGUUUCGGCGGCUAUAAUGAGACAAAAAAAAAGAGGUAGGAGAAUAAUACGAAAGACGCAGCGUAUUUCAGAUUCGAUUGUCCUUUAGAUGUUACGAUAGCUGUACAUUUUACUUUUCUUUAUGAUGGCUGACUUUUCUUUAUUUGUAUGGUGCCGAUGUCGUUAACGUUUUAUGUUAACUCGUAUGUACACGCCGAGUGAUACUGCCCUAUAUCACGAAAACCGGCUUCUAUCGUUAGUUUUUUUCGCGUUUACUUUCUCCGAUAACGAUCUGCCUUCGAUCAUUGCGACAGUUUUUACAAACGGAGGUAGUGACUUAUUACAAUUAAACACGCAGAAUUUUCUUAGCUGUAAUCUCGCGCGUGAUCGAACUAGAAGCGAUCGAACGUGUCAUCCCCGCUGUAAUCGAUUAUUAUGUGUUUUUUGAGUCUUCUUCUUUUUUUCUUUUCAAAUACUACUAUUACUCUUUAUAACACAGGUAUUGACAUCUUUUUUAUACCGCCUAAACAGGAUUGAUUAUACGUGGAAACUGAUAGAAUAGGUAAUUCCAACAUAGUUGCAGUACGUUAAAAUGUCGACUGUAUCUGUGCCAAAUGAAUUCGACGCUUUGUGAAGUCCCCCCCUCUCUUGCUUCCUCAUUUUGUGUCUUAGGCUUUUAUUUUUCUUUUUUAUUCUUUUUUUUUUCUCUUUUUUUUUUAAUGAUAUGAUGUACGAUACUAAGGAACCUUUGGUAGAUGUUUUAUUGCUACAACCAUAAAACGUUGACUUAAUUAUUUCUUAAGACUGAAUUGGUAACUCCUCGAACAGUCACUGACUUUAGAUUAUAUCAUAUAGACUUUCGUCGCAUACAACUCAAUCUUAAUUUUGUCAACUGAUAAACAAUGCAUUUCGAGUUUCACUCGAAAUUGUUAUUGUAAAUACAUCACGCAGUGAACUUCAGUCGAUUAUGUUAGUUUUGCUCAUCGCGUUUUUGUUAAGGUAAUUAGGACUUCUUUUUUUCUUUUUAAUAUUAGCGCUUCUUGCAUCGAUACGCUUUCUGCCAUCGUUUUGUCUGCCUAACAUGGUUCGCGUAGUGUUAUUCUUCUUUAGUGACGUUAACACAAAACCGUUAACGAAUUAUGUCGCGAAACAUCAUUUGUUGGAAAAAGAAGUUAUCUUCUACCUUCGCGGUUUAGUAUCCAAGCAUUUUGCAAUUUAGUUCGCAAUUGCUCAAAGGCGAAUGGCUCUCGUUGAUUAUACGAGUAAAAACCGACUUAGUAUUAGUAAAUUGUGGUGUUUUCGUAAAUAAUGAUAUCAUGAAUGAAUUAAAAAUAAGGUCAACGUUAUUUACGUUUAUGAUUAAACUCUAUAUUAGUAUUGCAUAAAUUAUAUGACUAAAAAUCUCAAUAUUUAAUCGUGUAAUCAAUUGGACGCAUUCUCUUCUAUGUUGAAUCACGAUGUGACUUUGAAACAUUCGUGAAAGAGCAUAUCGAUUCGUAGAUUUACUCUGUCAUUCCUGUAAACUAAUGAACUCGAUGAUUGAAUGUGAAUGAUCGCGCAAAGUCUACGCGUAUAGCUUUUACAUUAUUGCUUUGCAUGUAACCUAAGUAGAUGGAUACCCUUGAUUGACAAUUUUUCGCUGCCUGUUGACACAAAGAUUGUAAGAUUCCUCAAAGUUCUCGAAUUUCUCGAAAGCUUCUCUCGAAAAAGAAAAGAUAUAUGUGUAUAUUUGACGAAUAAACUACAAAAGAAACAUACAUAUAUAUUUCUUUGUGGUUUUCAACUAUCGCAAGUUUGGAAAACUCAAUAGAAAGAGGUGAUUUAAGAUUUAAGACGUAAGAUAUUUCAGUGAUAAUACAAGAAAGCGUCUACAAGGACAGCUGUUUAUCGAGUGAAGGAAAGAAGAGGAGAAGGAAAAAUUGAAGUAGAUAUGAGCAGCGUUAAGCAAACGCUGUUUUGUAUCAUCUAGUCACUUAAAUUACGUGCGAAGCACUAAUCUGAACAUUCUACACGUAGACUUGCUCUCUUUUAUGCUCAGUGUUAUUUUAAAACAGCCGUUAUGAGGAGACGAUAUUGGAAGAAAAUCACAAGUUGAAAUAGCGGUUGAAGUGAGAUCACACUCUCGGCAGAGACUACUUUUACUGCUGUUUAUUAUGUCCAUUCCUGUUAAAUUGACUGUGAUUUAAGGAUAUUCAUAGACAUAGGCUUCUCGAAAAGAUUCGUUUCUAUCGGUUAUUAUUAUAAUUAUUGUCGCGGACAGUCGCCUUCGCCGAGUGAUAUGUAUUCCGUUGCGAUUAUUAUUUUUUAUUCGGAUUAGCAUACUCUCGUCUAGUCGAGGUCACAGGCGGAGACUUCUAUAGAUCGAUAGGCGAUUUCGCGUUGUUCGCAUAUCUUCGUCAACUAUGCUAGGGAGACACGAUGAGAUGGAAGAAAGAAACGCGCAACGUUCGGUAUGUGUACGUGUCGUGUGCGCGUACGUAAAUAUACGUAUAACAGAGCGAAUGGGAAACCAAGCAUAAACAAGCCAAGAGUAAUACUUUGAUAUUUUACGAUAUAUACUCCUGACAGACCUCGCAUAUUUUAUUUAUAAGUCGUCUUCUCGGAGAGAUGUGGACGGUUUUCGACACUUACGCGCGAGCGACGAUCAUCCUCGCCAUUGCAUUACUCGUCUCGAAGUAGUCAAAAAAAAAAAAGAAAAGAUUAGACUCUCGUGAUUUACCGCCUCUCAUCACACCGGGCCCGACGUCACUGUUCACCGAAGCACCGAUCAUAGGCCGAAGAUCGAUCGAUCGAUCAUUUUCACGCACGAUCGACAUGUCUCACGCUCGCUCAUCCAUCCCAUCGAAUGUACAACCGCGUCAGUCUUGGAUCGCACGUUUCAGCGGUGAAUUGUUGGAUCCGUGAAAGAAGAAAAGUAAGGAAGGAAGUGUCACGUACGCACGAAUCGCAGCUUCACUGGGAAAUCAAACGCCGGGAAGAGACACGAGCUCUUUCAUCAGUCUGUCGACUGAUCAUCGAUACAUUACUAUGAAAGCCGACAAACUGCCAUUGUUACGAUUGACACAAGUCAGACUCGACGGUAAGAUGAAAAUGUGCCUGAGACGUUCCUCGGCUGACUCUUACAUCACUCAAAAUGCACAUUUUCAUCACACGUUUCGAGCACGAGUCACGCUCAAUUCUCGAUCAUGAUGAUGAUGAUGAUGAUGAUGAUGAUGAUGAUGAUGAUGAUGAUGAUGAUGAUGAUGAUGAUGAUGAUAACCGCGUGUCCUUCGUAUGAUUCCUUAACGCGUUCAAUGCCGCAUCGUUCGUGCCGUUGAAUCGGUCUUGUAACAUGUAUCAACGGAAUAUAAAAAGAACUAUAUGUAUAUUCACAUUAUAUAUAUAUAUAUAUAUAUGUGUAUACUUAGGAAUUUACAAUAUACACAGUAUAAAGAAAGUGCAUAUUAAAGAAGAUAACAUGAUUGUGUUUGUAAAGAACGGUGCCAGUUUGCGUUAAACUUACGACUUUAGGACAUACAGUGUCUAAUUAGAUUUCCGCGAAAUUAAUCAAAAUGCAUGCGGCAUUGAGCGUUUUAAAUAUUAGCGACAGCUGAACUGAUUCACCGAGUUCUAAAUGAUAUGGAACUGUGGAUUACGGGCGAUUAUGGGCGAGCGAAACCCGAUGCGACACUGCCUCGUUAUUUAUUACACUGCGACGAAAAAUGGCCCGAUUAAGAUCCAUAUCAAUCUCCCUGUAUUACCAUUAAGGGUCGAAUUAUGUUUAUUGUAAUUGACGACGCGUGGUUCUGUAGUCUCGUGAUUUCUCGAUAAGUUUACCGAUUGCGAUUCUGACGAAAACUAACGAUCGAGGAUCUCGAUGCAUUGUGUUUUUACGAUUGUGAAGCACCGCAAGGAGACCAUCGUCUUCUGAACGCGUUAAGAUUACGAACGAGACGAUCGGACGAAAUCCAACGUACUACUAACACGAAUAAUUAGCUCGUAUUAAUUAGCGAUAUUAUUGUUUGUAAUUCAUUGGCUAUAUUAUCUCUAAUACAUCGAUAUAAUUGUAGGAGAGACGUAAGGACUUUAUCGAUACUUUCUAAUGGUAAUUUUCGAGGAUAUAGAUGUCCCCGCGGAAAACUGAAGAGUGGAAAUUAGAUAUCAGCUAUGUGUCAAGUACUACAAUUGGAAUUGCAAUAAAGGGGAUAUUUCAUGUUUGCAGAAAUGCUUGUUUAUCGAUUUAAUGUCAAUCAG